UUGAUGGAUGGAGUGGCGGUCAGGGCAGGAGAUGCCGCUCCCUGCACUCCUACACCACUCCGAUCGAAAAAUUGAAACAAAACUUGGUUCGUUUUGAGACGUCAAAAAGGCCGGACAAUAGUCUCGGAUCUUGUCGUCUUCCGUAUUUCUGGCAUGGAUUGAUGAUUGCCGGAGUCAAGUGCAGCGCCGUUCUUAAUGUGUUUGACUGUCGAUAAUGUAGAUACCGAGAAGAGACGUGUCGCAAUAAAUGAUCUUGUUUGUAUUGAACAGAUACAUCAUCGUGACAUCAAUGCUCAACUUUCUGGCGAGUAUCGAAAUACAAAAAUAACAAUAACGCGCCGGCAAAAAACCCGCCCCGGAGUCAGGGCACGGACAACGAAAUCCGGUUAAAGAGAAGAGAAUUAUAUUGCAGGCGAUUUAAUUGAUCGGUUUUUCAAAAAUGCGAUGAAACUGUUCCGCUGUUGGUUUAAUUUUUCUCUAAUUACGAGUCAGGUUCGGAAAAGUUAAUCAAAACUAGCUGUGGGCGCCUAGCGCAACAAAGUUGAAGCUUAAUGUAAUUUGUUCAAAUUGAAGCUUACCAUUUCAUACGUUAUGAGUAAAAGUUUGUUCCAUAAAAUUUUACUGGCCGAUAAAUUAUCGGAAAUGUUGACCUCAAUCUAGGCAAAAUAUGAAAAUCGCGUUCAAAUAAACGGGGUUCCCUCCAGUUCAAAUUUCAAUUAAAUUUUUAUAUCGGCAAAUAUCCGUAAACCUGAUUAGAUCCGCAACAUUAAUUACAGGAAAGCCCUUUCCUUCAGAAAGCAAAUUUACACAAUUCCCGCCGUCCGAAUCAAAUAAUGAAAAAUGCUCGCAUUAGAUGAUCAAAGGUCCCGGAUUUAGCGAAUAAGAAAACUUCCCUUUUCGACUGAAGAAAUCAUAAAGCCGAAUAAAAAUGUUGGCAGCGUGUUUUAUUUCGCCUGACCACAAGUAAGGUCCAAGAGCUUUGAUACCAAUAGCAUUUCUAAUCCGGAUCGCAUGCAACGAGCUUUCCUCAAAGACAUUAAUUAGUUGAAAGGUUUCCUGGAAUCCUUGGACGCCUGACUGGACAUCACAGAUGCCGGUCGUUCCAUUUGUCGCCGCUUGUGUCACUGUCACAACACAAAACAUGCGUUCCACAGCGGAAAGUUGACGCUUUGAUGCCGUCUAUUUGAUCUGCAAAUUUUUUGUUUGACACCACGAAUCCGCCGGAUCAAAUUUCAAAGGACGGCGAUCAGUUGACGCCCUCACACCACCAGUUGAAACUGUUAUUACUUCCAACUAGGGCCGCCAAUCGUCUUUUAUUUCAAUGGUUUUGUUCAAAAGCAACUUUUUUAUUUUGCCCUAAUUAAAUGAGGCCUUUAUUCCAUUCCACACUAAAACGAUGAACUAAUAAAUAUUAUACAAUAAGUGAAUUAAACCAUUGUUUAUUUGCGAGAAGAAAAUUUAAUUCUUCGAGCAAAGUAAUAGGUUUAAUUCACGUGUCGUAUAUAUUUUUUUAUUCAAUUUUGACCAAAAUUUACCAAAAAAUGCAAGAAAAUGUUAAAUUUAACCGUUCGGUCUAUACAAAUCAUAUCACAUGCGAAUCAAAUUUCCAUAACAACGAGUUGUUUAUUUAUUUGCAAAAGUGCGAGAAUUGUAACGCGUAUGGAAAAAAUGGCUAGAAUCAGCGAUUUUAAAGAGGAAAACCAGGUUUUCGUGCCUGAAUUGGUCAUUCAAGAAGCUUCAGAAGCUAUAAAUAAAGUGGUGCCAGCAAAAUCUAAACAAUUAUACGAAAAAGAGUAUUCAAAUUUUUGUGAAUGGAGGAAGCGGAAGGAUGCAAAGGGAGUAGACGAGAGAAUAAUUUUGGCUUAUAUUUCUGAACGAUCCAAAAAUGCAAAAUCUUCGUUAUUGUGGGCGUAUUAUUCCCAACUGAAGAAAAUGUUAUCUGUUAAAGAAAAUAUCGAUAUAAGCAGAUUUCAUCAGGUAUCUGCUUUCUUAAAACAACACUCUGUAGGGCACAGACCAAAGAAAUCUAAAGUCUUCAGCUUCGAAGAAAUGGAAAAGUUUUUAGACACUGUUUCAUAUGAUGAAUAUUUGCUGCAAAAAGUGGUUCUAAUUGUGGGAGUUUUUGGAGGCUGUAGAAUUGGAGAAUUAGUUGCCAUGUCAGUUGAUGACGUCCAUGAUCGAGGCAACGUAAUUGUGGUCAAUAUUCCUGACACGAAGACUUAUAAGCCAAGAACAUUUACUAUCAAUGGAAGUAACUCUAUUCCUGCCAUUGACGUUUUUCGCAAGUACAGAAAACUACGACUUGAGAGUAUUUUACACAAACGGUUGUUUAUCAAUAACCAUAAACAGAAAUGCACAGUGCAACCAUUUGGGAUAAAUAUUAUUUCAAAAUUUCCCGAAAAAAUUGCACGAUUUCUUUGUCUUCCAAAUUCAGAAGAAUAUACCGGACAUAGCUUUAGACGUUCAAGUGCAACUUUACUGGCAGACUCUGGAGCCGAUUUAGCAGUGGUAAAGAGACACGGAGGAUGGCGUUCAAAUAGCGUUGUGGAAGGAUAUAUAGAAGAUUUCCUUAAUAAUAAAAUUGAAAUUUUAAGGAAAAUCAUAAACCAUUCUUUAACAAUCAUUCAGAAGGAAUCCACCUCAAAUUCGGAAGCACGUACUUCCGCGUCAUCAGUGUCAAAUUAAAAUAUAAAUUUGUCUAUUAAUGAUAGAUAUGGUGUACAUUUCAGUAGCCUCAGUAAUUGUAACAUUUAUUUUAAAUAAAUGUAUUUGUUGGUAUUCAUUAAUAGCUAUUUACACUCGAAUGCGGUAAGUCACAUUUUACAGCGCGACAACUUUGUUUGAGGCACGAGCCUGAAAGGCGAGUGCCUUAUUAGUUGAAGCGCUGUAAAAUGACUUAACGCAUGAGAUUUGUAUAAAACUUUUUGGCCGACAAGCUUUGGUUUGGUUGAAUCAAUGCGUAUAAAACAAUCAAUGCAUAGAUUCAAUGACAUUUAUGGUUCCCAAACGUAUGUAUAGGUGGCGCUGUUCCGGGGGGAUUUAUAUUUUCACUAAUUAAAUAUACACCAUGGUCGAUUGAAUUAAAUAAUUAUAGGUAACAAGUAUUUCGUUAUACGAACUUAAUUAUGGUAAGCACGGUUUGUAUCUUAAACAUGUCUAAUCGUCCGGUGUUUUGUGGUUACUUUACCUAAUUGUUUGCUACCAGUUUACAGCAUCGUGUUUAAAGGUCAAGUUACCUUUCAUGAAUGGGCAACUGUCAUUCACGUUUUACAGUACUGGAGGCCAAAAAGU